AUGACAUCCAAGAUGAUAACUUCAGUUCUAUUCCUCGUUAUACUCCAAGGCACCACCACCCUUGCUCAGCUCGACCCAAAGUGUGCUCCAGGCGGAAACUUCAAUCUGGAGUACUGGAACCUCCAGCUGCCGACUGGUAGUACACACUCUCCUGACACCAUCUCCUCAAAAGCUUUGCAAGGGUGCAGUGGCUACGAGGACAGCUCCCUCUUCUACACCGAGAGCAGCGACGGUGCUCUUGUCAUGAAGGUGUGCGGCUCUUCAUCAUCCUGCGGAUGUGUGACCACCCCUGGAAGCCUCCACUGCCGCACGGAGCUGCGCGAACUCGCAUCUGAUACCGGGUCUAAAGCGAGUUGGAGCCCACUGAACCCAGUGAACCGUCUGAGUGCCACCCUAGUGGUGCCCACACCAGACGACAGCACGCACGGCACUGUGAUUGGACAAGUGCACAUUGAUGACACAAUUUCCAGCAAACCCAUCUGUGAACUGUACUACAGCCAAGCAGGCGUUCUGACCAUGGGCGUGGAACAAACUCGAAGCGGUGGUAACGAGGUCAUGACUACUAUCGGCAAGGUUCCUGUCGGCACCAAGUUCACCUAUGAGAUUGCCUAUGAGGGAGGGGUCCUGAGCGUGAGCAUCAAUGGUGGCGCGGCGCAAAAACUCUCCACCUACUCGUUGGACAACCCCGACAGCUACUUCAAGGCCGGGAACUAUAACCAGGGUAGUUCUGCGUCAGAGGUGCAUUUCUUUGCUAUUAACGUGGACCACGGGGCGGGCUCAGUUUCUACGAGCUCCAGCAAAUCGACCACCAUGACGACGACCUCCCACGCGGGCACGACAACCACUGCCAAGCCACCACCAUGA